CUUGCAGGUGGACUGUCUCCGCUGGUGGCUGCUGCACAUCUUUGUCUCACAAUUUUAGUUUCUUCAACACAAAAAUCAGAAGCGUUCAAAGUUCUUUGCAGGCGUUGUCAUCGUCCCGUUCUAUUCCUUUUUCAGCUCUUUGCAGCUCUGCAUCCUACGGCCUACGGUACCCUAACAGCCCUAACAGUGCUACUAGAUACCCAACCUAUCAUCAGCACUACCAAGCUACCUUAUCCAACCAACUAAACCAACUAAACCAACUACCAGCUACUAAGCAACCAACUAAUCAAGCUAGCCAACUAGCCAAGUAAGUAAGUAAGCAAACAAGCAAGAUGACCCCCUCUGCAGUUCCUUCACCAGCAUCACCAGCUCCAGCCACAGACUUUCGACGCAGUAGCUACAUGCCCGAUGACUGGGUUCCCUCCAGGCACGAUGUGAUUAUUGGGCGUGGUAAGAAGGUGCAUGCUCAUGCUGGCAACCAAAAGCUGCGUACCAUUGUGGAGACUGAAGUUCAGGCGUACUCCAACGCCAAGAAUCGUGCUGCCAAGACCAAGAUCAUCGUACGAGUCUUCAAGGCCAUUCGAGCGGACAGUCAGAUUGGAUUUGUCAAGAAGGAUCCAGCCACAAAAAAGUUCUUUGCUGUCGAAGAUACCACUGCCAAGAUCACCAUUGCACAGUACUUUCGAGAUGUGCUUGCAGACAAGGGAGGCUACAAGUCCAGCAAGGCAUACAAGCAGCGUCUCAGAGAUGCACUCAAGCGCAGCGUUUCCGAUAUUGCCGGACAUGCUGGGGAUGACUCGGAGACCUUUUUGGAGGCUUGCACUCGCACGAGCUUGAGGCGGUGUCAGUCCGCCGGACAACCUCAAGCCACGACGCCUCCUCUGGCAGUGGACGGGGACAGCAUGAGGAUGUUUCAGGAUGACUCGGAUAUCGUGCCCCAAGGAGGACGCCGUCGCGUGGUCCAAAACAUCCUCAAGUCAGCUUCCAACUUGCUCGACAGCUCGGAACAAGAUGAUGACCUGCAUCCUUCGAUGGCUUUCAGCAACACCAUUCCUUGGUCAGCCAUGGCGGGGGAGAUCGAAGAGACCAACAUUCGCACCAACAAGGACAUGUUCUUCCCCUCCGAGACUGCUGAAGUCAAGAUCCCCGCCUCCAAGAACGAUGUCUUCUCGUCACUCUACGAUGCCUUUGGCUCCGACACAGCUGUGACGACCAAUCCCUUCGAGCCAACGCCCAUCCUGGACACUAACUGCAGCAGCAGCAAGAUGAUGGACCUGGACACGAUUGUUCCUCAAAAGCCAACUUCUUCUUUGUCGACUUUCGCCUCAUCAGACCCCUUCAAGUUGGAAGAUCUUGCUGUCUUUGGGGCGUCUCACAAACUCGUCUAAACGGAGACAUCACGGAAUGAUUCGAUCGAAUCCAGCUACAGUGUAUCUACAUCAGUGCCACCCUAGCAAGGGAGCACUGACCGACUGAUUCGCUGAUUCAGUCCUCAUGGUUGCUUGCUGCGCCAUGUCUUGCACAAACGCACCUUCCUAUAUAUAUAUAUAUGAUCUGCAUAGAACGAUAAUUAACUUACACUAGAGUCCCAAUGAUC